AUAAAAAACAGUUGAAUGGUUGUCGUAAUAAACACAUUAUAGUUCGAUCAUUCACUUCGCAUACUCGCUUUGAAAUGUCGAAUCAAUUAUUAAAAUGCGUGCUCCUUAUAUUCCUGUUUAUUCUUUGCGACAGUAAAGAUACCAGACGAAAAUUAGUGAUAGACCACGAUGGAGGUGCGGAUGAUGCAAUUGCAAUUUUUAUGGCUUUACUGUACGAGAAAGCUUUUAAUGGUCCAGAAGUGAUUGCUAUCACGACAGUCCAUGGUAAUGUCAAUGAAAGCCAAGCUUUCAAGAAUACUCAGAGGAUAUUGAAUAUCGCUGACAGACUGAAUGUACCCAUAUAUCGGGGAUGUAAAACCGCGUUUAUAACAGGCAUUGAAUCAGACUACUUCUUCGGUUAUGACGGUCUUGGUGACAACGAGGUAGAAGAUUAUGAGGCCAUAGCCCCUCAGUCUGAACAUGCUGCAAUGGCUCUUGUAAGGCUGGCUAGGAAAUAUGAAGGUCAAUUAACAGUAGCUGCAAUUGGAUCGUUGACAAACAUAGCUUUGGCAGUCAAGUUGGACCCAAAGUUUAGAUCUCGGCUUGCCCAGUUGUAUGUGGGUGCGGGAAAUAUAUAUGAUGAAACUUACGACACAGCAGAAUUCAAUGCGGCUAUGGAUGCAGAAGCGUAUCAUAUAACAACGAAUGGCAGCAAACCCAAUGACCUUAGCAUAGUGCCCUUCUCGUCAAUUCGAAAGAGCGCAACCCUAGAAACGGACUGGCGUCUCAACGUCUUGGGCGCAAUACCAAGUAAAAUAAUGCAGCACAUGAACAAAUUUGAACGCGUCUCGAUACCGGCUCAGGCGCCUCAGUGGGUGCUAUUGGAUCCAGCUGUAAUGGCAGCCGUGCUUAAUGAAGCUCUCGCUGAUUGGAAGUUGUCCAGUAACAGUAUUGGUUUGUGUGGUGUAGAAAGGGGCAUCAAUACAAAUAAUUUCACAUCAGAGGAACCAAAUGCGAGAGUUUUAUAUUCAAUGGACAAGGAUGGAUACAGACAGUUUUUGUAUGAUAUAUUUUCUAAGGACUAAAUGAAAAUCUCAAUAGUAAAUAUAGGCAAAAUGGAAUAAUUAAAUCAGUUUUUGAAGAAAAUAUACAAGUACCCGCAAACAUCAAA